AACACCUUUACCAACAAGCUCAACUUCCACAACAACAACAACAACUGCACCUUUGCCAACACCUACCCCAACAAGAGAAAGAUGCACUAAAUCAUGCAUUUGGUCAGAUUGGAUGGACUUUGGCCCUCCUACAACAGGUCCCAACGGUGGUGAAAUAGUACCAAUUAAAAGGAUAACUGACAUUUAUCCUAACAUCUGUUCCAGUCCAACCAAUGUUGAAUGCAGAGCAAAACUCUUUCCGACACUGCCUCUUUCAGAAAUAGGACAGGAUGUGGUUUGUAAUGCACAGAAUGGACUGAUAUGUCUGAACCAAAACCAGGGACUUCAACAGCAAUGCUUUGACUAUGAGAUUAGAGUACUCUGUUGUGAAACAAAUUGUCCAACAAGUGGUACCAGUCCUACAACAACAACAACAAGAACAACACUUUCUUCACCAAAAACAACAUCUACAACAACACCCCCCACAAAACCAACACCUCCAGAAACAACCUCAAUUACUACCACUGCCACUCAGACCACAUCUUCACCAACCACAGCCAUAAAAACACCUUUACCAACAAGCUCAACAACAAUGCUGUCUUCACCAAAAACAUCUACAACAUCCACCACAAAACCAACACCCCCAGAAACAACCGUAAUUACUACCACUGCCACUCAGACGACAUCUUCACCAACCACAACCAAAAAAACACCUUUACCAACAAGCUCAACAACAAUGCUGUCUUCACCAAAAACAACAUCUACAACA